AAGUUUCAUCAUGCUCUAUUCGCCUACGAAGCUGUUCUUGUUCUUCCUCUCGUGCAUUGUGCUGUUGUUUGUCAACUACAACACUAGUGGCUUCGUCACCGCAGCAAAUAGCACUGGCUUGAACUACGGCCUCCUCGGAGACAACCUCCCAUCUCCGUCCAAAGUUAUCAACCUUUACAAGUCCAUAGGCAUUAGUAAAAUCAGAAUCUUCGACCCGAACGUGGAGGUCCUUAAUGCUUUACGCGGGAACCGCGAUAUUUCAGUCACUGUUGGCGUUAGGGACCAGGACUUGGCUGCUCUUGCAGCUAGCGAAGAAGCUGUUAAAGGCUGGUUCGCGACUAACAUCGAGCCUUACUUAGCCGACGUCAACAUUGCCGCCAUUACUGUCGGUAAUGAAGUCAUCCCCGGACCGAUCGGUUCUCAAGUGCUUCCAGUCAUGCAGUCUCUCACCAACCUAGUCAAGUCGAGGAAUCUUCCGAUCAUAAUAAGCACCGUGGUGGCUAUGUCGAACCUUGGGCAAUCGUACCCACCUUCUUCAGGAAUGUUCACAUCCCAAGCUCGCGAACAACUUGUUCCCGUGCUGAAACUACUGUCCCAAACAAGUUCGCCCAUACUUGUAAACAUUUACCCAUACUUCCCUUACGCGUCCGACCCAGCAAACAUCCGUCUCGACUAUGCAACCUUCGCCACUGAAGAUAUCGUGGUCCAAGAUGGACCAUUGGGAUAUUCAAACCUGUUUGACGCAAUGUUCGACGCAUUUUUAUGGGCAGUGGAGAAAGAAGGCGUUAAAGAUUUACCCAUGGUGGUGUCUGAAACCGGAUGGCCAUCCGCUGGGAACGGGGAUUUAACUACGCCAGAAAUCGCGGGUACCUAUAAUGGAAAUUUUGUAAAGCAUAUAGCAAGCGGAAAAGGGACGCCUAAGAGACCUAACAAGGGCAUCGAGGGGUUUUUGUUUGCAACGUUUAACGAAAAUCAGAAACAGGUCGGGACUGAACAAAACUUCGGGUUGUACAAUCCUACCGAUAUGAAACCCAUCUACAAGCUAUUUUAGACUCUUCCCAUUCACUAAUGAUAUAGCUAGUUGGCUAUUUAGUAAUAAAUCUGA